UAAGUUUUGGAAAUUAAUUAUAAUUAGAUAAAUUACAUUAUUAUCUUCUAAAUGUUUUAAAUACAUUAAUAAUUGGUGCUACCUGCCUGUCCAGUAUUUUCAACUAGUUGCAACAACACUUUGGCACUGAAAAUUAAACUUGCACUUGGAUUGAGUCAUGGAUGAUUUCACACGCAUAGUGUUUGAAAUGAGCAGCAUGUUCAAACAACGCAUGGCUGACUUUGAGGAGGAGCAUAAGAAUAAUGCAGCCACGCCGGGACUGUCACCGGAGUACAUUGCUUUCCGGACGUUCAUCAUGCAGGCUCUCAGUGUUUUCCAGCAGCAGGUGAACUUUGUGGUGCAGAGCAUGGACAACAUGCAAAUGCGAAGCCGGCGUAAGAUAUUACUUCUGCAUGGUGUGUCGGAAUCCGAACCUAAGGAAGAGGAUACUACCCAGGUGGUGGUACAGGUUGUCAAGGACCGCCUCAAACUUGACAUAAAGCCUUCCGACAUCAAGCGGUGUCACCGGAUGGGUCGAGUUUCCCAAAAGGCUCGACCCAUUUUGCUCAAGCUUCACGAUGUGGCUCUCCGUGACAACAUCUGGCGUGGAAAGACUAAGUGCAAGGGCUCGGGCGUUACCAUCUCCGAGUUUUUGACAAAGAUACGUCACAACACGUUCAUGGCAGCUCGAGAGAGGUUUGGCGUCAAUCAAUGCUGGACGAGGGAGGGCACUAUAUAUGUCCUGGACUCGAAGGGCGCUCGACACAGAGUGACAUCCAUGGACGACCUCGAGAAGAUUGAGCCCCAACCGCCUGAGCGGGGUGCUGCACAGCCUGUCACUGCAGCUGCCGGAAGAAACGCCGUGCCCAGGGCAAGGCGUGCUGCAGCAGCAUCACGAAAAUAAAGUAUAUUUGUUUUUAAGUCACUUUCUAUGGGUAGUUUGGGUUAAUUGGGUAUUCUUUUAUUUUGUAAUGUUGUCGCAUUACCUUCACUUCAUAAUAUUUAUUAUUUCUUUUCAUAAUUCAUUUCGUUAAGGUAGUAGAAUUUUACUGUUUACAUGCUCAUUUGUCACUGUCACUUUCAUGUCAUUAUUUAUCUGUCAUUCUUUAUUCUGCGUUUCGUUCCACGUACUGCAUGCAUGUGUUUUGGGUGGCAUGUUAUUGUGUGACAUAGUAUUUUUUUUUUUCU